AUGUAUUCAGCGGUUUAUUUCGUCGCGUCGCUGACGCUAUUGGCGGUGUGCGCAUGCGCCCCCGCCGACGCGGAUGUGAUCCAACGCAUCCCCCCAAAACCCGAGCCAACACCAUCAGCUACAGGAAAAGACGUUGCGGUAUCUGGUGCUUUGGAAAGGGCUGCUGGUUCGUCUGAUGCCGUGAAAGACAGACUUCGCCGCGAGUUGGUUGGUCAGGAGAGUGACUUGUUGCCUUCGCUUGGCGACAUCGACGCGUCGCCUUUCGGAGAAAACUCUCAGUUGUCAGGUCGCAGCCGCAUCAAAAUUACUGUAGUCCGUUCAGGAAUUUCACCCGUCCAUGAUUUCCGAGAGAAAGCUAAUGCCAAAAUUAGCGUAAGUAGCGAAAGAUUAAUAUUCAACUCUCCGCACAAUGUCUUAAAACAUUUAGAUAAUACAAUUUCCAAAGCUACUAAAAAUGUAACACAAAACCCACAAAUGGAGGAAAAUCUCUACCAGAUAUCAAAGGAUUUGGUUUCUGCUAUUUUAACGAAGUUAGAAGUGCAAGACAAAAUUACUAGGAUUACAAGAGAAGCACUAGAGGCCUCCGGUAAAAAUAAAGGGGUAACUGCAAUAGAGACUAGACGCAUCCUUGAUUAUAUAUCUAGAACAUUGUCUGGACAAAUUCUAAGCUUAACUAGAGCUUCGACAGAACCAGAGCUCCAUCGUCUUGUUUACGGACUGGCUCAAAUAGCAGCUGAAGUUUCAAUAGUGUCGGCUCUAAAAGAUAUUACUUAUGCUACUGCUUUAUCUAAAAAGCAAUCAGUAGAUUUGUCACUAAGAAAAAAAAGAUCAUUGAAAGACGCACCUGAAAAAUUAACAGCCACAACACCGAGUUCAGUUUCUCAAAUUGUACCUACAGUGUAUAAUGCGAUUCUUAAUAAGUCACUUGAUAUUUCUCUCAAACAUACUGGUUCUCAACUUGCAUCAUUGAGACAAAAAAUGUCCGAUAUACCCAAUUCACCGUAUUCAGUAAUAUCUCGAAACGAAAAAAAAGCGCUACAUAUUUUGGAUGUGAAGCAUAGUGCUCCUACUUCUGUUAAAGGAUUUUUAAAUCAAACAGUUUUAGAUUUGGAAAAUAACAAUGGAGAUAUUAAUGAUACAGAAGUUAUAAUGCUGGAUAAAAAGAUUAAUUCAACCCAUUACGAGCCAGCCGAUGUUCAGACAUUAGAUGCACAAGAAAUCAGCGCACCAGUGCUGACCGACGAAUUUUUAGGUCCAAAUGAAAAUAUAUAUAAACCGGCGUUGACUCCGGAUGUUGUAGGUGAAAUGGAAAUUGAUCAACCAGAGUUUGAGGAUGAAGCUGCUAAUGAAAAGAAAAUGAAGCAAAAAUUAGAAAGACUAGAAAUCAAAGCUAAAAAAGCUAUUGUUUAUGCCGGUGACGUAGCAUACUUAGCCGCAGCUAGUGUGGUUGCGUUAAGACGUGCACUGACUGCUUCAAUUGAAGUUCAAAUGUCUGUUCGUUUUGCUAAAAAUGGAAUGACAAAUCAUCAAGAUCUGAUGAUGAAUUUAGCUAAGACUGCAGCUCAACAAGCAGGUAAAGAAGCCAAAAGUGCAGCGUCUAAAUCGUUGGCUUGUGAACGUGUGAUCAAGCUAGCGUUGAAAUAUACAUCGCAAUCUCUUGGAGCGAAUUUAAACCACGUGGCCAACAGGAUCGUGAUGGAUACAUUAUCAUUAGCAACAUUAGCAAAAUCUAUGGCGUUUGUUUCCUCAGAAAUUGCCAUAAAUUCCUUGUACCAGGCGACCGACGUAAAACCGCCAUCGUAA